GACACAAGAUCUGCGCACUUGUCUGAGCCUGCUCUGCUCCCUGUAGGUGAUGUCACAGAUCCAACCACAGGAUCAUUGACCAAGCGCCCAUCAUCACCAGAAGCAACAAGGACAUCUAGAAGAGCUGUCAAUGAACCACCUGUGGUAGCCACGCCCCCGCAAGGCAGAUCGGAAGGGUCCAGACACCCAGCAUCACGUGCAUUGGAGGCAGCUCAGGCAGACAACUCUCUUCAAGUUUUGGACAGUAAGAAGCCGAGUGCCGAGAUGGAGCGGGCGUCCAGCCAGGACGAUGGAGGCGACAGCAAGGGAGCUGUGGUUCAACUUGUGCAGGUGCUGCGCUACUCUCAGUCUGACUGGAACAAGCUGAAGCAGGACUUGGAGCUCAACUUUCAGGCCAGUCUCCUGAACAAAGAGAGAGACUGGAGUCUGAUGCUGGCCGAGAGAGACAAGAAGAUUGCUGCCCUUGAGGAGACAAACCGCAAGGUCAAGCACACCAAUGAGGAUAUGAGGAUGAUCGUGGCAGAGUUUGAGAAAACCAUUUCACAACUUCAGGCGGAAAAGGAAAAGACAAAAACAGACUCACAUAAAACAGUCCAGAGUUUGGAGAGUGAACGCGAUCAGGCCAUAGAAGAUCUGCAAUCUGUGGAGACAGCAUUCUCAGAUCUACACCGACGAUAUGAGAAGAGCAAGUCCAUCAUUGAAGGCUUCAAGCGGAAUGAAGAACAACUCAAGCAGUGUGUGGAAGACUUGCAGACCAAGCUGAAGAAAUCUGAGAUGAAGUUGCAAGCAUUGAGGUCACAGGCUGAAGACAAACUGGAUAAAGCUAAUGAAGAUAUUGAGAAAAUCAAGAAAUCCACCAGAUCUGACAUGGUGCGGUUAGAGGCGGCCCUCAAGAAGGCAGAACUGCGUAUAUCCGGUCUAGAGGAAAGUUUACAAAGAAAAUGUGUGGUGAACAGAUGUGAAGCAGUAUGCAGUGAAGAUGCAGUAAACGUGUGGUGUGAACAGAUGUGA